AUGAGGCUGAGAGCUCGAGGACUAAGUGUGGCCUGGGUGGCGGUCCCUGACCCCACCACAGUACAGGCCGAACUGAGGAGUGAGAAGCGCGAGCUGAAGACCCAAGUCAACACUGAGGAGAUUCAGUUACUGAAUGCCAAGAACGUAGAGGAAAGAUUGAGGAAGGAACGCGAAAAUCUCAGAAAGGAAAGAGAUGACUACAAGGACUGGUAUGGACAGAUCUAUGAACAGUUCGAGGCCGUAGAGCUAGAACGUGACAUGCUGAGGGCAGAGGAGGAAUCAGCGGAAGCAGAAGCCAACGCAUACAAGAAUGUUGCAGAAUCGAAGGCGGCUAGUUUCGGAUCAUCGUCGAAGCCCAAGAUCUCCAGAAAAGAGGCAGAGAAUUUUCCGAAGAUCAAUGACUUGGACAUAUGGAAAGUCAAUGUAUCCCAAGCAGUAGUCGUUGCCUCAGGUGAUGAUGACGUCGACGCUUGGACGAGAUGGUUGGCACCUGCCAUGGUCGCUGAUCCGGACCUUGAUGCACUCUCCGAUUCUGGAGACAUUCGAUUUCAAUCCAUCGAUGCGAAGCUAGGCAUCGCAUUGACUGCCAUUGUACAGAACGGUGGUGAAGCAGCAAGAGAGGUCGCCAUGAAAGUGAGGCAAAGGACUCAAGCACGAUCGAAAACAUCGUCUUUUGUCAAAGGUAGAGAAGUGCUGGCUAUGAUUGUGACCAACUUUAGAACCACUUCCUAUACUGAGAUGAUGUUUAAUGUUCAGAACCUCUAUAGCCUGAAGUAUCCUGGUGACAAACAGAUCGGGAGGUUUCUUGCAGCAUGGGAGGAGAUUCUUGCAAACAUGCGCCCAAGUGAUAUUCCAUCAGAAGUGACGCUGAGGGACUGCAUUCACAAGAAGAUUCGAGAUUCCCAACUCAUGAGAUUCGAUCUGUCGAAGUAUGAGGGCCUUAGGGAAGGACAAGGUGGACAAGAUGAGAUUCGAGAAGUAUCCACUUCUACACAGCCAACGGUGUCGCGAUUUCCACAAGAGACCGCACGGUUCGAGUUCCCAGAGCUUGGAAUGGCAUGCGCUCCGUAUGUCCUGAGCGAGACUCCGUCUGUGAUUUCGGUCGGAAAGAAGUGCAUGAAGGAGGGGUAUUCAAAGUUGCCGUUUAUGAUCAAUGAGUCUGAGCAGAAGAUUGAUCUGAUGGUGAAAGACGACAUACCAUACAUCGAGAUGAACUCUGAUGAAUGUACGCCCACCACUGAUGAAAGGAUCAGGAUGAUCAGCAGAUUGCUCCAAAUGGAUGAGAAGCAAUGGAAUUAG